ACACCCUCCAUAAGAUAAACGGUCAAAAACGGGAGAUCAGUUUUGGGCCUACAGUGAAGCCCAAAUAUAUUCCAUAAUACUUAAUCCAACCUCCGUUCCGGUUCCUCUAAUAAUGGUAGUAUAUAUAUAUUUGGGAUGAUGUGUUGCAGCUGCUCACUCUGAUUCUCGCGGAAGAAACCACGAAAAGGCGAAGACGAUGAUCGGAUCCCGCGGAACUGCUCAAUUCAUCGGUGGCUCUUCCAACAUUCGAGAUUCCAAAUUUAUCAACCCUGCUGAUGACCACCUUCAUGAUGAUGAUUUGGUUGAUGCUUAUUAUAAGGCAGGAAGGGAGACCACUGCAUCCGGGCUAACUUUUCAACCAUCGGUGAAGGCGGUCAAAUAUCCCUUGGAUAUUAGUGUAACAACCGUAUCUCAAGCACCUGAUCCACUACCACCCAACGUGCCGCUUUUCCAGCUUUAUGAUCGAUACCCUAAGAUAGAAAAUGGAACUACAUCGUUGGCUUUUGUUAUCAAAGAUGGGAUCAUUAUAGCUGUUGACCACGGACCUAGCACCGGUAGCAGGCCAGAGUCAUUACCUGAGAAUGUCAUUGAGCUUGAUCCUCGCACGCUUUGUACUAUUUCUGGAGACAUUGCAGGCUGCAAAUCUUUAUCCAGUGAUCUUCUGAAGGAGUGCUGCGGACUUGCAAAGAACAAAAGAUUCGGUUCUAGAAUUAUAUCACAAUUCAUAGCUGAGAAUCUGUUUUCUCGCGUUGAGGGGGCCUUGUCUGGAAUGAUUAUUGCAGGGUUUGAUGAAAUGGGUGCUCUUUUGUAUUGUGUGGAUGGUUUGGGUUACCUGCGACAAGGACGCAAAUUUACUACUGGAUCUGGAUCAGGAUUUACACUGGGUGCUCUUUACGCUAGGUAUAGUUACCGUUUGUCCUCUGAAGAAGCUGCCGAGGCUGCCAAAGAUGUGCUAUGCCUUGCUGCAUUUAGAGCUAGGGAGAGUCAUGGUUUCGUCAGUGUUUUCCAUGUAGGACCUAAUGGAUGGAAGAAGCUCAUUUACGAAGAUAUUGGGAAAGUCAUGGAAAAACAGCAGUCUCUCUGGAAAAAACGAGCAGCUGAGCAUGAAAACAAAGAGCUGAUGCAAAAGCCUUACGAAAUCAGCAGUCCUGGAGAAUACAAGCAGCAAAUAGCUUUUCCUAACUCUGGUGCAAUUGUGGUUUAAUCUAAAAAAUUGGGUGCAGUUGUGUUUUAAUCUAUAAGAUGUUCGGUGUAACUAGUAAACUUAAUAUAAGAUAUUGUUGUAGACGUCAAUCUAGACAGAGACUUUGUAUUGUGUCUAAUCUAUGCUUGUGUGUGAGUUGUGACUCUCCUUGAGAUGAUAUUUAAGUAUGCAGACACUUCCCUUUUUGGCUGCAGUCUGCAGAUGUGUUAUGUAUAUCGUACGUGAG